AUGGCGAAUUCGAGCACCGCCAAAGAAGAAGGCGAUUGGGCCAUCGUCAGCUUCAAAGACCCGUGGCACUUCCCGACGUGUAACGGAAUCUCCCCGUUCAGCCAAGGCAUCAGCCGCCCUUCCUAUGACCCGGCACUGGACCGCUGGUGUCUGUUGGCCGAGGUGACGGACACGGCGUUCUUCUUCAGCGCCCGUGUCAUCGCCCGCGACCGCGAUGGCAAGGAUUUCGUCGUCGGCUUCUAUCCAAACAACGCCGAUGCCGCCAAUCUCAACUUGGGCCAGUUCCACGUCGGCCACACCAUCGCCCUCGCGUACCCCAAGCCGCACAAAUUCCCCGAUGGGUUGUGGGGUGUUCGUGUUGACGAGCUGGACUCCUGUUCACUGUUCCCCGUCGGUCUGAACGACCUUCUCCGGAUCAACUCGGACCUCUGUGCCUACAUCGGACCCAGAGGCACACCCAGGAAAUGCCAAGCCUGUGGAAAGCAUGACAAGGAGCUCAUCACGUGCGGCGUGUGCCAGUUGUACAGUUACUGCAACCCGGUAUGGCGGCUCUGUGUGCUCUCGACUGAGACUGUCCUAACGGAGUAA